CAUAUUGCAACUAUGAUUUUGGAUCCCUUUUCUAGCUUGAUCCCGGAUGUUAAGUUUUUUAUUGGUCGAACACUUGUUGUGCCUGUUAAUGUCAAUUUGGAUGAUUGUCAUAUACUUGAUACUUGUUAUUGCUGUCAAAUGAGGGCUUGUGCAUCUCUCCACUAUGUGUCUGGAUCAACUAUAGGGACUAUUCUAUUUUAUAGUUGUGUGGACAAUUGGUUCGACACAGGGCAAGAUUUCAAGGCUAAUUCAUAUGUACUUUUAUAUGUUCAAUCUGAAGGUCUAACUCACAUUUUACAUGAGGAAUCAUGGCUGAUACUUUUUCUUGGUUAUGAGUUUGUCCUGCAACAUGAUAAGAAGUUCACGAUGGCUAAUGAGGUUUUAGAUACUAAGAAUUUUGUCCUUGCUGAUUUUUUUUUUAUUGAGUCUGAAAAUCCAUCUUGGGUUGAAGAGUUUACGUCAAUUAUCAAGCAACUACCACUACAUGAUUUUCGGGUGAUAGUUUUGAGUUGCCUAGUACUGCAUUUGGGGUGGCUAGUAUGGCAGAUUGUCCAGGUUGUAGGAAUUUCUAAUAUCAGCUAUUCAUGUGAUGCAAUUGGUUUACUAGUACGAUGUGGCAACCUUGAAUAUCAUAGUGGACCAUCAUCUUCUGAGGACAUGUUUUCUAUGCACCUUGUGCUGGAACUUUGGGCAGGAGGGGACCUGUUUGAUGGAACCAUUGCCCGCGGAUAUUCGUUAGACAAAGAAACUACUGAUAUUUUUGGACAGCUUCUAACUGUAGUCUGUAAUUGCCAUUUCAUAGGUGAUGAUCGUUGGAAUCAAUCAUUGGCUGGACACUCCAGAAAAGUCUACCCUCAGCAGGACUUGAGCUUGCUCAACGCUUGGAGGAGUUGCCUUGUACUCUUUCCGCUUGCAUUUGUGACCAGUUUAUAAAGAGAAGUACGUUCGACUCAUAUAGUGCACUCGAUCAUGCUACACCUCUUAUAGCUUUACAUCAAUUUUUCCUUGAUCAGUUCGGAAUAGAGUUUUCAUUUGAUCCCGUUGGCCUCAAUGGUACUUUGGAAGGUGACAAGCUGUCUAAUGAAAUGUCCAGUUGCAUAAUGGAUGUAUAAACUGUUCCACCUCGGCCACUUCCAAAACCACAUUUCUUGGCCUUCAUAUUGGAUCUCUUGGCCCAAGUCUCGCAUUCUGUUGCAAUAACAACGAACCUCGACUCUAAUGGGCUUGUCAUAAUUGGUGUGGAUGAUUCCAAUACAUAUGCUCGUCUUCUAGCUACAAACUUCAGUAGUAAAACGCAACCUGCAACAACCGCGUUUGCUGCCAUAUUACAGGAGCGAAGAGUAUUAAAAUUAAGGAGUGGCUAUAAGGUGAAGCUUCACGUGGUGCACCUUGUUGCUUACACAUUUUACGGUGUCAUUAAAAUAAUAGAGUUGGUUGCACAUCAUAGUUUUCAUCAUGGCUUAGGGCAUGCAUUAGUGUAUGUUAUCCUCUUGAACAAGUGUGUGAUUGUAGGGCAGGUUAUCAUUGAACUCAAUUUGAUAAUACUGAUAUAUUUUACUGUAAACCAAAUAGAACAUGGUUGGUUGAUAACCGUAGCAAUGGAGAAAUUUGGUGAAGAGAAAACUACUAAAAUUAUUCAUUUGUACUUCAAGAUGGAUAAUUCUAGCUUCGACGGGUCCAAGCAUGUUAAGAAGUGUUGCAUGUCUUAUGUUUCACAUGCUUUUGGAGAUCCUUUUGAUCAUAGUAAUACUCUUCUUGGCAUCCAAUUAUCUGAGACUAUUACUAACAUUGUAGCAUAUCAUGUGACUAUUUCAUUUGAUAGAGAGGGAGAUGGCUCUACUAAUACCAAGAAGGUUUUCAAUUGGCUAGCAAUUUCGUUGGUGCAAGCUAGUCCACUUGUUCUUGUCCUUUCAUCAAGAAUUGAUGUUGAAAGAGAAUGGAGUGAAAGGGGCAUUGCAGCUAUUGUUAGCCAUAUCUGUGUGUUGCUGUUAGAAAGUAUAACAAAUUCCCCUCAUGGGACAGCCAAUAUUGCUUCUAAGAUCAGAACCAUGCCAUAUGAAAGCUUGAAUGACAUCAUUAGGUGCUUUCUGUUUUUGAACACAUCUCCAAUUACUACACAUUAUUGUCAUGUUAUCUUGAACAAAGUGGUUAUUCUACAGAAGCUAGGCGAUAAUGAUGAAACCAAGUCGACACUACCCCAAGCUGCCAACCAAACUAUGAUAUUGUUCCUAGUGGUUUUUGCCUAUCGCAGCCAUGAAUUUAGCUCUCAAAGUUGCCUUCCUGACUUGAACCUUGAGGAUAAGGUUCUUUUUAUCGGCGGAAGUAUUGUUGUGAACCGGCGUGACCCGGUAUGGGAUUAUGGUCCAGAAGUAUGCAACAAGGCCGAUCCAGUUGGUAGUAUUGGGCCUGGAGCAAAAUGGAGAAAAGGCCCAAUGACUGAACACCCGAAUAGAACACAUUAUAUUUGAAAUCCAGGCAGUAUACAAGGCAUGUGUAUUGUUACCAUGCUUAGGCAAAGUUUGCUUUCUCACCUCCUCUUCUGAAUAUGUCUAAUUCCUCAUCCCUUUCUGAUUAUCUAUCAUAUUUCUUCAGUUGUUCUGCAAUUACUGUUGUUGUUCACAUUCUAGACCUGUAAUCUUCUAGUUGUUGAGAGCAAUGUAGUAAAAAUACUUUAGUA